UAAGUGGCCGGGCCACACCCAGUGUGACUCCAGCUUGCUCUUUGUGCUAACAACUCUCCUUCCUACUCUCCUUCCCUUUUCUUGUUCGGCUGGACCCUUCUCGUAUCCUCUCCUUCUCUGCGACCUCUGCGACUGGAAUCGCGACAUUCCUUCAAACCCUCUCCGGUUGGGAUCAUCUUCACUUACAUCCACGGGAUAACGUGCCGCAAUAACAACGCCCAUGUUAACGACUCCACCACGCCUAACAUGGCCAUCUCGACAUAUACUCUGCUGAGGACUUACACCUCAGUCGAGAUCAUUUCGACGACCGUUACUGCACCGGUGGAGACAGAAACUCCAACUGCCGACCCAGAGCCCGCAACCGUUGUCCACUCCGUCGAGGAGCCCAUCGCCGACCCGUCAUCGAGUGUGCCACAUUACCCCGUCCAAGCCUCAAUCCUGAGCUCGACCUCGGUCCUGCCAGUUCCGACAACUUCAACAGCGGCAGCAUCGAUUGUGCCAACCUCGGAUCUAUCCGACCCGACUUCGUCUGAAUCAACUUCGGCCGAGUCAACUUCAUCCACCUCGACCUCAACGUCCUUUUCGAUUUCAACAUCCUUUUCAACAUCAACGUCCACUCAGAGUCUGCCAUUCAGCUCCGCAACUCCUUCUGUCCCGGCUGCAGACACUCCCCUUUUCGCAAAACGGCCUACUGAUGCCAUAGGGGGUAACCAGAACCCGCAACCCCCAACGACAGCCCCAUCAGGCUUUCCUCCUCCAAUCGAAUCUUCUCUACCAACCACUGUGCAGACAAUCUCGCAAGAUGCUCCGCAACCCACCCAAGAGAGCACUCGAGAGGCCGCUGAAAGCAACACAUCACAGUCGAUUGAGAAGGCUAUCCUGCAGCCUGUGCCCGGAACUAAUACUGUCGCUACUACUUCGAGUAGUGCAUCUUCAAACCCUUCCAACCUGUCGUCUGCUAUUUCGACGACGUUUCAGACUCUGUCAGAAUCGACCACAGCUGCUUCUGCACCUCAAUCCACUCAGUCGUCCGAUAAUUCGACCCCAGAUGAUAGCGACUCGGGCAUCACCAACCCACAGUCCACUUUCACCACAGCAACUCUGCCAGGUGGCCGUCCAACAACAAUUGGCCUUGAUGCAACGGCUGCGAGCGACCAUUCCUCGAGCCCUUCGGAGACUAGCCUCAAUGUCACUGACAGUGAUGCUAGUGAUUCGCCAUCGACGCCAGUCCUGGUGGGAGGCAUCUUUGGAGCGUUCGCGGCAAUAUCGCUCAUCUUGUGCCUGUGGUGGUUGGUUAGAAAACGAAUGUCCAAGAAGCGCCGCAGCACGCUCUUGACACCCCUCUCGCUACCAGCUGGUGGCAGGGGUGGCAUGGGUGGCGAAAAGAAGUACGAGAUAGACACGGCAUCAUUGGGACCUACGCCUCGGUCAACCAAGUGGGCGGCUGCCUUGUCCUUCUAUCCCAAGAAAUUCAGCGAGAAGCUAGGCCACCUGCCGACUAACAAUUCGAGCAACGGUGUCAACAUGAACCGAGGGAACUCACAAUUCCUAGACCCCGUUCCCAGCCACAGCCGCAGCUCCUCCGUGGAAGGCCACAGCCAAGCAAGGGGAGGCAGCGGCCGCCCGGGUUGGUGGUCGCGUGUCAUCGAAGAUACUAGCUCCGAGGACCUGAUGGCUCAGGACAUGGCGGAAAGGGCCAACCAACCUGGUCUUGCAUAUGUUCCCAGCAUGGACGAGAGCCGACCUGAUCGCGAAGCCCAACAGCGAAGAAUAAGUCGUGGCCACAGUGUCAGCAGCUGGACUGACGGAGCACGCAGCCCGAACCCCUUCGCGGACGCCAAUACGCUCUCAGCAGUCUCAUCAACGAAAUACUAUCCGGCCCCCCUGCGACCGAAUAACCCAUUCGCUGACUCUAACUCUAUCGCACCCCCCGCAACUGCCCAAGUAGCACCGGCUGGCUACGUCCAGGACGUCCAGAGAUCACGAAGACAGUCAGGACCCAUGGUUCGCGACUCAGCCGCAACUCGCACCUCUUUCGAGACACGGCGCAACAAGACCCAUUCAAACCCGUUCGAUCUUGAAAUCGACGGCCCGCAACCCUCCAUGGGCCCCAACAUGCAACGUCCUCCACGCGUCCCUGUAGCCAGUUCCAUCUACGAUAUGCCGAGACCUGCUAGCGGACGCACUCGUGCUGAAAGUUACACCUCGCGCUAUGCUAGCGGCCCAGGUUUGCCCCCGGGAGACUGGAGCACCAUGGGCCCGGUUUCCUCGAGAUGGGGUAGCACUGUUGGAUAUGUGCCAAUCGGGCACGUGAGGAACGAGAGUGAUGACAGCAUAAUCGGGUCUUCUGGCGUCGGCCAUCCGGGCGUCGGCCAGGCGAUGUAGCCUAUACGACAUGUGUAGGAGUUGUGGGACUUGCAUGAACUGAGCGGUGAUACCAAUACGGGGGAUUUAAACAUGGACGGACCCAUUCCCUCGCUGCCAUGGGAGCAAAUACCAACGAGGGACAAGACAUGGCGUUUCUGGCACAGUGAGAACUUUGGAAGGAUAUCCCGCAAGAUGGCGGUGAUGCGGAAAAGGACGAAUGGCAAUACUUGCGAGAUUGCACUGAACAUA